UUAGUUAAGUGGAGUCUGGAGUGCUGUUUAUAUGUAAGUUUACUGGGGAGGGAUGGGGAAACUCCCUCUAAAGGCACCAAAAAUUGGGUCUUUUUCCAAGUAUCUAAAAUUAGGGUUGCCUGAUUUGGAAUUCCAAAUUCAACAACUGGUAAUUUCAUUUCCAUAUACUGUUAUUGUUUUAAUCUUUAUGUCCCCAAAAGUUGCGUAUGCAAUAGUGAUCUCUAAUGAAAUGAUUCUCUUCCACCAUUUCUCUUAGCUGUAUUGUCUGAAUAUAUUCUAUUCCCUUUCAUUUUAUCUGGACACCAAGAAACUCUCAUGCUCUGAUUCAGUUCUCUAAAGCUUAUCUUGGAGUUCUUUCUUAUGACCCAUCACUUCUAGAGUUUUAGGCCACACCCAGUUUCUCAUUAGUGGCUUAUCUUCUUGUUUCUUUGUUCGGUAGUGGCCUUAGAUAUUUUUUGGUUUCUGGGAUUUCUUUUUUCUUUUUAUUUUUUUUGAGUAUAUUUGGAGGAAACUUGGAAGUGACAGUAAAGAUUUUGGAGUGCAAUGGAGAUUUUCUGAAAUUUUUUGUGUUGAGAAACAAGUGCGUUUUAGGCUCUUUAGCUGGGUUUGAGGUAGAACACUAGGUGGGUUUGGGGUAGAAAACUAAAGGAAUGGUGUCGAGAUCGUAUUCGAAUCUCUUGGAGCUUGCCUCUGGCGAGUCUCCCUCGUUUGGACGCAUGAGCCGGCGAAUUCCGCGUAUUAUGACGGUUGCCGGCAUAAUAUCGGAUCUGGAUGAUGACCCAUCGGAAAGUGUGUGCUCCGACCCCUCAUCAUCGUCGGUGCAGCGUGACCGAUUAAUCAUAGUAGCUAAUCAGCUGCCUAUUAGGGCACAGAGGAAAUCUGAGAACAAUAAUGGUUGGAUAUUUAGUUGGGAUGAGAAUUCGCUUCUCCUCCAGUUGAAAGACGGGUUAGGGGAUGAUGAAAUUGAAGUUAUAUAUGUAGGUUGCCUUAAGGAAGAAAUUCACCCAUGUGAACAAGAUGAAGUUUCACAGAUACUUCUUGAAACCUUCAAAUGUGUCCCGACCUUUUUGCCUCCUGAUCUGUUUACCAGAUACUAUCAUGGGUUUUGUAAACAACAGUUAUGGCCUUUGUUUCAUUACAUGUUACCCUUAUCGCCGGACUUGGGUGGUAGGUUCAACCGUUCUCUAUGGCAGGCCUAUGUUUCCGUCAAUAAGAUUUUUGCUGAUAGAAUCAUGGAAGUGAUCAACCCAGAAGAUGAUUUUGUCUGGAUCCAUGAUUAUCAUCUUAUGGUGUUACCCACCUUCUUGAGGAAGAGAUUCAAUAGGGUGAAACUUGGGUUUUUCCUCCACAGCCCGUUCCCUUCCUCGGAGAUUUAUAGGACAUUGCCAAUUAGGGAAGAGCUUUUGCGAGCACUGUUGAAUUCUGAUUUAAUCGGGUUCCAUACCUUUGAUUAUGCCCGGCAUUUCUUAUCCUGCUGUAGCCGGAUGCUGGGUCUUUCUUAUGAAUCGAAGCGUGGCUAUAUAGGCCUUGAGUAUUACGGUCGAACUGUCAGCAUCAAAAUUCUUCCCGUUGGUAUACACAUGGGUCAGCUUCAGUCAGUGUUGAGCCUUCCAGAGACUGAGGAAAAGGUUGCAGAGCUUAUUAAGCAGUUUUGUGAUCAGGAUAGGAUAAUGUUGCUUGGGGUGGAUGAUAUGGACAUAUUUAAGGGCAUAAGUUUGAAGCUAUUGGCAAUGGAACAGCUGCUUGUGCAGCACCCGGAGUGGCAGGGGAAGGUUGUGUUGGUGCAGAUAGCCAAUCCAGCAAGGGGCCGAGGGAAAGACGUGAAAGAAGUUCAGACCGAGACUUUCUCGACUGUGAAGCGGAUUAAUGAGACAUUUGGGAAACCAGGGUAUGAUCCUGUUGUCUUGAUUGAUGAACCACUCAAGUUUUAUGAGAGAAUUGCUUAUUAUGUGGUCGCUGAGUGUUGCUUGGUCACAGCAGUGAGGGAUGGGAUGAAUCUCAUACCAUACGAAUACAUAAUUAGCCGGCAGGGAAAUGAGAAAUUGGAUAAGGUUUUGGGUUUAGAAUCAUCAAUUCCCAAGAAGAGCAUGUUAGUUGUCUCGGAGUUUAUUGGCUGCUCCCCAUCGUUGAGUGGAGCAAUUCGAGUGAACCCAUGGAAUAUUGAUGCAGUGGCAGAUGCAAUGGACUCCGCCCUGGAGAUGCUGGAGCCAGAAAAACAGCUACGACAUGAGAAGCAUUAUAGGUAUGUCAGUACCCAUGAUGUUGGUUAUUGGGCUCGUAGUUUUCUACAAGAUUUGGAGAGAACUUGUAGGGAUCAUGUGCGAAGGAGGUGCUGGGGAAUUGGGUUUGGAUUAAGUUUCAGAGUUGUAGCUCUUGAUCCAAACUUCAGGAAGCUCUCAAUGGAGCAUAUAGUGUCAGCAUACAAAAGGACUACAACUAGGGCAAUCCUUCUAGAUUAUGAUGGUACUUUGAUGCCUCAAGCUUCUAUUGAUAAGGGCCCAACUCCUAAGUCCAUUGAAAUGCUUAAAACACUCUGCAGGGAUGAGAACAAUAUGGUUUUAAUCGUCAGUGCUAGAAGCCGGAAGAAACUUGAAGACUGGUUUUCUCCUUGUGAGAAUCUGGGAAUUGCUGCAGAGCAUGGUUAUUUUCUAAGGCCCAAGGGGGAUGUGGAAUGGGAAACAUGUGUACCAGUGGCAGACUGUAGCUGGAAGCAAAUUGCAGAGCCAGUGAUGAAGCUUUACACGGAAACAACUGAUGGGUCCACUAUUGAAGAUAAGGAAACCGCACUGGCUUGGUGUUAUGAGGAUGCGGAUCCUGAUUUUGGCUCUUGCCAAGCUAAGGAGCUUCUUGAUCAUCUCGAGAGUGUACUCGCGAACGAACCAGUUACUGUCAAGAGUGGACAGAGUCUUGUAGAAGUUAAGCCACAGGGCGUGAGCAAGGGAAUUGUAGCUAAACGCCUGCUUUCCACCAUGCAAGAGAGGGGAAUGUUACCUGACUUUGUUCUGUGCAUAGGAGACGACCGAUCUGAUGAAGACAUGUUUGAGGCGAUCACCAGUUCCAUGGCAGGCUCGUCCAUUGCUCCCAGAGCAGAAGUUUUUGCAUGUACUGUUGGCCGAAAACCCAGCAAGGCCAAGUAUUAUCUGGAUGAUACAGGCGAAAUUGUUAGACUGAUGCAGGGCUUGGCCUCGGUCUCAGAGCAACCGGUUCCUCUAUAGGCUUCUGCUGAGUAGAGAAAGCUAGAAAAGUGCAACUCUCUUGUUUUCUCUGCUUGUAACUGUAAACAUGUAGGCGGAGAUCUGUACCCACACAGUCUGUUUCUUUUAUCUUCAGUGAUGUAAAUUAUAGAAGUGCUACUUCGAGAAGCUUUGAGACCAGAUCGACCAGAUCUUUGUUUUUAUCUCUUGCCUGUAGUUGGAUCCCCAACUAGCAAGGCUGUAAAUAUUGGUUUGUGCCUCCCGAAA